CCGGAAAACACAGCUGGGCGCAGAUGCUGCCCCAGCCUGGAGAGUUUCUGUCCCAUCUGUCACUCUGAGCUCGGGACGAGUCCCCCAUGGACAGCCAACACGCUGGGCUCCCCAAAACCACAUCAUCCGGGUACCGAUUGCCCCCUACCAGGCCGCUUGCCUCAGUUUCCAGGGCCCGAGAUGGCCCCACAGCAAGCAGGGGUCUUGCUGGUGGCUGCCAGGGUACCGCAGUCCUGGGUGUGCAGCAGGACCAGCUGUGGAGAGAGCUCGUGGAAGCCGAGGAGCGAGGCCAGCGGCGUUGGGCUGAGAACUGGGGUUUCCUGAAAGACUACGACCCUUUGGGAAAUAAGAAGGAGCCUGAGGAGCUACCUGCAGAUGUACCCUUCUUCUCAGACACGCUCCCCAGCUCCACGAGCCGGGAGGUGGGCAGCAGGGUGGACACGCCCCUGGGGAGAGCCCUUUCGCACAUGAACUUCUUCUUCAUGGAAGGCACUCGGAAGAAGAAGCCAGAGGAUGAGCUGCAGCCAGUGUAGAGAUCUCAUUGUGGACUGCAGCAGACCUUGGCUGGAACACCACACUGGAAAAAGAUCUUGUCUACAUAUCGCUCAGUUUUUUGGACCAACAGGUUCCUGGGGUACAGGGGUCCCUCUGCUCAUCUCCAGAGUGCCAAGGGCAGCUGAACCAAGAAAACCUGAAGGAGAGUAUGGCAUGCCGUGUCUGCAUGACUCUGCAGGUCACAGCCAGCCCCUCCACCCCACGUACCACCACCCCCCCGGUCACAUCUUUAGGCUCUUCAGGAAGGUGCCUGCUUUGGACCAUCACUGUCUCACCCAUGGGCUGAGGAAAUGGAGAUGGAGGAUCCAGCCACCAGCAUCUUCUCUCUUUGAGACCAGAACAAAGAAGGCUGGAUGAGUCAGGCCGCCUCCAGACCUAGGCAUGGAGAAGUGGCACCACUCCACGGCAUCACUGGAACACCCCAGGGAGCUUUGUCUAGACAGCCACCCAGGGCAUCUCAGAGCCCAAAGUCUGGGCAGCACCAGGGGUCCAGAAGGGAUGAGGCUGGGGAGCUGAGGACCACAGCAGGGCAGCAGGAGCCCUUCACCCCGACCACUGCAUCUCUGAGCAUCUCUGCCUCCAUCCGCUCCGUGGUAGAAGCUACCUCUACUUCCAGUGACAGGAAUGGCCGCCAGCCGUGGAGGCACGGAGUGACCGUAGGGCAUCUUCCUGUGCUAGACAUGAUGAGGUCAUGUAAAGGGACACAUGAGCCAGCCCGAGAGGUGCCAAUCCACCAGUGUGGACACCAAACAAUAUGGUCACCAAAAUGAAGGAGAGUAGAAGGCCAACCCUGGGUACACCCCUGACUCGUGUGUGUGUGUGUGUGUGUGUGUGU